CCCGCACGCCCAGCUCUUCCCAACGCUCAAACAUUUCCCCACUUUAUCGUCGCUUUCUCAAGGCGCCAUAUUUGACUAUAGUUUUCAUCAGCACCGGGCGAUACCAUAUUUACAACUCGACCUGUCGGUUACCGAGCAAAGACGAGCCCUUUACCCCGCUUUUGAGACUUUACCACCUUACCCCCUCCGAACUCACAGCCAGUGUCACCAUGGCCUCCUCCGAUCUGGACCAGCUCAUUGAAAUGGGCUUUGACAAGGAAAGAUCCGAAAUUGCAGUGAAGAAGGGCAACGGCAUUCAAGGUGCUCUCGAAUGGCUGGAAGCAAAUCAGGACAAGUCACUGGAGGAAAUUAAGGAAGAAGAGAGUGAGGAGGGCCCUGCACUUCAACCGGGAGAGGAAGCUCGCAGCUUGGUGUGCAACGAGUGUGGCAAGAAGUUCCGGAGCCAUGCACAGGCCGAGUUUCACGCGUCUAAAUCCCAACACGUUGACUUCUCCGAAUCAACCGAAGAGCUUGCUCCUUUGACUGAAGACCAAAAGAAGGCAAGGCUUGAGGAGCUUAGACAGAAACUAGCGGAAAAGCGGGCGGGGCAGUCAGAGCAGGACAAGAUUGACAAGAAGAGGAAUGAGGUACGGAUGGUUUCGACUACGAUUGGAAUUGAAUUGCUAAUCCUCUCCCAGGAAAUCCGCAGAAAGGCCACCAAGGACUCUCAAGACGUUAAAGAAGAACUCCAGCGAAAGCAAGCGCUGAAAGAAGCUGAACAGAAGAAGAAAGAGAAGCUAGCAGACAUCGAGGCCAAGAAACGCGUCAAGGCUAGAAUUGAAGCUGACAAGGAAGAGCGGCGCCUGCGGGCUGAACGAGAGAGGGCUGAACGUGCCGGUGUAGCACCCCCUGCUCAGCCUGCACCAGCCCCGGCGGCCACCACGUCUGGUCCCGUUGCCUCGAAGCCCGCUUCGGCCUAUACGGAAACCCGCUUGAGAUUCCAGACAUCUAAGGGAAAUAUUAUGAAGACUCUCCCAGUGACUACCACGCUCUUUGAGGUCGCUGCAGCUCUGCAGCGGGAGGACGGAAUAGAAGUACACAGCUUUGCGCAGAACUUUCCCCGGAAGGUCUUCGAUGCGGAGUAUUUCGGCGAGUCCCUGAAGGACCUGGGGCUGAUUCCUAGCGCAAGUCUUGUUGUCCAGUGA